GCACAAAAAUGAAUUAUGGAAGACACUCUUACAAACCUCCCAUGGUGAGGGACACCUCGGGAGGGUCUAGGUUCGACUCUGGUAGGAAAAGCAUGAAUACUUCUCUUGUAGGCCUUAAGAAGCAUCGUGGUGGUAAAGUCCCUAAAGACUCAAAGAAAUUUUCUAAAAUUGAUAGUCAGAGACAAGUCAGGGAGAAGAUUAUAUCUAUCCUGAAGUAUUCAGGGAGGAUCAAGUCUGAAUCGGACCUUGACUUUAAGAUCAUGGAUAAGACACAAAACUCAGUGUUCAAAACAUUGACUAUUCUGAUAUCGAUAAUGUUAGAUUUUGAGGUAAAGAAGGUAGAUGAUGUCUAUUCAAUUGCAUACAAAAUAUUCCAAUACCCUUAUGAAAUCUCCCAGCAUGCAUUUGUGCCCCUAGGAGCACCGAAUACAUGGUCUCAGCUAGUAUAUUUCUUUGACUGGAUUGCAGAUAUCCUCCAGAGUUACCUAACUGGCAGUGAUGAUGCCAUUAUGGAAGAAUCUGAAGAUGAUGAAUACAGGAGAUCCUCCAUGGACAGAAUUAUUGAAAUGGAGUCCUCUCAGUUCUUUGACCAUCUUCCAAAUGCUCCCACCUUGAAGCAGAACUCUAGAUUCAUGAAGUACAUCGAGAAAAUGAGGAACAAGCAACGAUUCGAGGAAUCUAAGGGGUUUAACAGCCAAGCAGUUCCUGAUCCCCAGAAGUUACUAGAAGAAGAGACUGAAAAUAUUAGGAUUUCCAUUGGUAAAUAUGAAGAAGAAAUCGAAACAAUCAACCAUAAGAUGAAUGAGAGAGUGCUUAAAAGACAAAAGAUAGAAGAAAUGGAAAAUAACCUCCAGGCUCUGAUGGACCAGACCAAAUCCGUUCAAGAUGCUGUCAACCAUCUCAACAAAUCACUUGAAUCUAGGAGGGAUCAGGAAGAACAGCUGUCUAGAAGCAUUGAAGAAGUAAACACUCAGAUUAAGAGCAUCCAGACCAAUAUAGAUCAGCAGAUGUACACCGCCUUUGAGAAAGAAAUGGCAGUCAAGAACAUUGAGGAUCUCGGUCAUAAGAAAUCAGCACUUGAAAAGAAGAACUCUACGUUAAACCAAGAAAUCAGUGAAGGAAACCGCGAAAUUCAUCUAGACUGACUACAAAGUAUCAGUAAGACUAUUGCAGAGAUCUCAGAGGAACUUGGAAUCCUUGAUCAGCAAGAGAACUUUGACGGGAUCAUUAAGAGCAUGGAAAUAGAUGCUAUAAACUCUAUCUGUAGCGAACUUGUCACUGCAAUUAGAGAUAAUAUCAACAAUGUCAAUCUUGAAAAAGAAGCUUUGGUCACUGACCAAAUGAGUGCGGAGAACGAAUAUAGAAAACUCCAAUCUGACUACUCCACUAAGAAAGUUGAGUAUGAUAAUGAGAUGGUCAGAAACCAAAAACUCAAGGAUGAGUCUGACCAACUCCAGGAAUCCCUGAACAGCUCUAUCCGCCCAGAUGGGACUGAAAUGAAACUAAAGAGAGAACUUUCCGAAAAGAACAAUGAAAAGUUAAUGCUCAUAAAAACCUGACAACUGAAGAGAGAGAAAGUAAAAGAAGAUUUGGAAGUAUUGAAGACCAAAUCCCAAAAAAUUUUCAACAUGAUCCAAGAUACUCAAAAUAAAGAGCAACAGCUUGAAAGUUUGGAGAAUAGCUUAUGGUAA